UUAUGCAUCAUUUCUGUUGCUUAAAACUUCGUGAUUCAGUUUAACUCUCCACAUCAUCAGCAAAAACAAAAGCCUGUAUACAAUAUGUACACGUCGUUUCCAGAUUCAGGGGAAAUCCCUUUGAAAACAUAUGACCAAUCAGGACAAACAUUUAUUGAAAGAUGGAAGCUGUCAUGGCAACAAUAACUUGGAAUAAUUUUUUUUAAAGUCAUUUACAUAAGAAAUGAAGAUUUACAUGCAUGGAGGUUUAGUUUUUUGUUUUCUACACAAACACCUACAUUUCUAAUCUUCAGUCCAACUCACCUUGUGAUUAAUUCAUUCAUUAUUGAUUUUACGGACGGCUGGAUGGAUUCAGCAAAAUAACACGUUAGGGCAAAUUUUAUUACGCUGACUUAUCACUUACUUAUAAAAUAUUUUGCUUGUUGAUAUUUACAGAUGCCCGAUUCAUUUUCUUUUCCAUAUUUUUCUGUAUCUCUUCUCACAAGCGUUUCACCUGGUGGACACAGAAAAAUGAAUACUCCUUUCUGUUCCCUUGUUUUUACGAAACAAAACAAAAACAAGUACUUUUUUUUCGAUAAGGAUCCCAAAAAAUGUAGUCUGCUAUUUUUUUUUUUUUUCAUUUCUGAAACAGGUAACUUACAGAUAUUACAGGUGUAACAUGAACGCCUCUAGGGGAACAGGUGAGUGUGUAGCCCGUCCCCGUGUUGCCAGGGUUGGGUGAGUGUGUGACGUCGGCGCUGCCUCGCCGUGCGCGGGGUGGAGGAGCUGUCCAGGGUGCUGAAACGGUCAGACUGGUAAUCAGGAGAAACCGGAGCAGAAGCCUUGGUUCUAUGUAAAGGAAACAUGAAGAGAGUCCUAUAAGGAUACUCUUUUACACCUGCUGAAGACAAUUUUUGAAUAACUUGGUAUUUGCUAAAGUUCCUUAAAGUCUGAAGUGAACCUUUACUUUUUUCCUCCUCCAUCAUGGAUCUGCUUCCAGCCCAGGAGGCUGCGAAAAUCUACCACACCAACUAUGUGAGGAACUCCCGGGCCAUCGGCGUGAUGUGGGCCGUGUUCACCAUCUGCUUCUCCAUCAUCACCAUGGUGGUCUUCAUCCAGCCCUACUGGAUCGGGGACAGCGUCAACACGCCACAGGCCGGGUACUUUGGCCUUUUCCACUACUGCAUCGGCAACGCGCUCACCUCGGAGCUCACCUGCAAGGGCAGCGUCUUUGACUUCAACUCCAUCCCGUCGCCGGCCUUCAGGACGGCCAUGUUCUUCGUGGGGACCUCCAUGCUGCUGGUGGUGGGCACCAUGGUGGCCUUCAGCCUGUUCUUCUUCUGCAACGCAGGGAACGUCUACAAGAUCUGCGCGUGGAUGCAGCUAGCCUCAGCCGUGCUGAUGGUGAUGGGCUGCAUGAUCUACCCUGACGGCUGGAACGCAGACGAGGUAAAGAGGAUGUGUGGCCAGAGGACCGACAAGUACGCUCUGGGGAACUGCACCGUGCGCUGGGCCUACAUCCUGGCCAUCAUCAGCAUUCUGGACGCCGUUCUCCUGGCUCUGCUGUCCUUCACUCUCGGAAACCGGCAGGACAAUCUGCUGCCGGAUGGCUUCGAGGUGGAGGGAGCAGAAAACUCGUGAACAUGGAUAUUCAACAUGGAGGGAUGACGACCAUUCCAGCUGGAGCAAAACCAAGCUGUUCUUUUCCUCUUAGGUUGUAGCGAUAGUCUUCUGGUUGUUUAAUCUGUCACCAAAUAAACACAUGUACACAGUUACUCCGUACUGUAUGAAGAUCUGUUUUUUUUUUUUUUAUUGAAUGGUGCGUUUUACAGGUUCGUCUUUAAACAACUCACACAAAGUCUAUGUUGUUGAAUGCGACGCUAAUGUAAAUUGUACGUUUUUACCUUUAGGUCUCAGCAGAUAACAUAGCUUAUUUUUUGAUAUGAUCGGUUCGCUACACCAUCACAAAACACCAGAUCUCACAGACUCUAUGUUUAAAAACAGGUAAAUUAUUACUCAACAGAUUGCCAUACAACCGAGCUCA